AUGUUGCAAAGAAUAGCAGCACCACUGCACCAUCGAGCACAGGAACCAGAAAUUGAUAAAAACUAUGAGAGAGUUAGGAAACAAGGGGCAAAGACAUUUGGAGGUACUACAGAUCAUGCAAAAGCUGAAGAAUGGUUGAGAAAUACAGAGAGAGUUUUAGACAUAAUUGAAUGCGCUCCUCAACAUAAGCUAAAAUAUGCAAUAUCAUUAUUUGAGAAGGAUGCUUUGGAUUGGUGGGAAACAAAUCCAGGAAGCGGAAAUAUGCCAUUAACUUUAACUAAGGAUGAUUUCCUUAGAGAAUUUGGUGAGAAGUACAUGCCACCAGUAUAUCGUGAUAAAAAGAAAAUUGAAUUCAUGGAACUGAAGCAGAAUGAGUUAUCAGUGGCUGAAUAUGAACUUCAAUUUGUCAAAUUAUCAAAGUAUGCACCUGAAGAGAUAACUACUAAGGAAAGGAAAAGAAGUAAAUUUGAAAUGGAUUUGAACCUUGAUAUUCGAGAGAAAAUUACUGUUAAGACUCCUACUUAUAGUGCAUUGAGGGCAGAAGAAAUACCAGUUGAAAGGAGAUCAAGUUCAAGUACUAGUGGGUAUAGAGGAAAGGGAAGAGGUCAGUCGAGUAGGCCAGCCUCAAUGUCAUCUGGCAGAGGUGGAUAUACAUCUACUGGGUUUCAUAAUAGACAACGACCAACAAGGUCAGUUAGUGUAGGAUCGACUCCAGUGUGUGUAAAUUGUGGUAGAGUACAGUCAGGGUACUGUUGGGGAAGAAACCCUAUUGUGUGUUAUAAUUGUCGUAAACCUGGCCAUAUUGUUAGAGAUUGUCCACUCAGGAGAGGUUUACUUGAAGAUUCUCAUGCCAUGGGUCAGAGUAGUGUGGGUAAAAAUAUACACAAAGUGGGUGUUGGCCGUGGAAGAGGGAGAGGUAAUAGAGGAGGAGGAGGAACAUUUUCAGCUAUACAGUCUGGAUAUACAGGCAAACCUCAUACCCGAGCAAGAGUAUUUGCAGUGACGAGGCAAGAUGCACCUACUGCACCUGAUGUGAUUACUGGUAUAUUUUCUAUCUGUAACUAUGACGCACAUAUGUUAAUUGAUCCUGGAUCUACAUGUUCAUUCAUAUCACAUGAGUUUGUAUUAUGUGUGCAUGGCAUAUUAGAACCAUUGGGACAUGAUAUGUAUGUUUCUAUGCAUGCUGGGGGUGUUAUUAUUGUAAAUAUUAUGAUAAAAUCUUGUCAUAUGAUUGUGGAUGGUAUGACCUUACAAGCUGAUUUGGUGGUUGUUCAUUUGAGAGAGUUUGAUGUUAUAUUGGGUAUGGAUUGGUUGUCAAAACAUCAUGCAUUUUUGAUUGUCAAACUAAAGAAGUAG